AGGGAAGCAGGGCUUGCAGGAAGCCGCUCCGGAUGUUUGCUUCUUUACAUGUGGCAUUUGUGGCUGGCUUUGAUAACGUCGUGAGCUCGACUCCCAACACCCAUUUUAGCGAAGAAACUGAAAUAUGGCCCGCUCACACCGCGAGCGGGUCUGCCGUGCGGUGGCCCCCAACACUCCUCCCAAAAGUAUCUGUCAAGAGAAUGGUCAGCAGAAGUUAGAUCUAGAUAAGCGGUCAAUCUUCAGGGAUGAGUAACGCUGGGCGCCCGUGGGCUUUCUUUCCCACCGCUUUCUCCGUAUUCUCGGUUCCCUUCCCUGGGCAAGGACAGAAGGAGGAACCAAGUAUGUUAAUACGAAUUACCUCGGACCAGUGCUUCAAUCUUCCGGUACAGUGAGCACUCCCAGACAGCUGAAUUUCAGCACUCUUAUUUUCCCGAGUCGCCGAGGACUUGGCGCCAGAGCCCGGCUCCAGCCAGUUUUUCCCCCUGGCAGGGUCGGGGGGAAGCGGCGUGUUCCGUGGUGGGUAGCGGAGCGCGGGGUCGGUCUGGAACGCCAUGAGCAGCCCGGAUGCGGGAUACGCCAGUGACGACCAGAGCCAGCCCCGGAGCGCGCUGCCCGCGGUGAUGGCCGGCUUGGGCCCCUGCCCCUGGACCGAGUCCCUGAGUCCCCUCGGGGACGUAAAGGUGAAAGGCGAGGUGGUGGCGAGUAGCGGGGCGCCAGCCGGGACCUCCGGCCGAGCUAAGGCUGAGUCUCGCAUCCGGCGGCCGAUGAACGCCUUCAUGGUCUGGGCCAAAGACGAGCGCAAGAGGCUGGCACAGCAGAACCCGGAUCUGCACAACGCAGAGCUGAGCAAGAUGCUAGGCAAAUCCUGGAAGGCGCUGACGCUGGCGGAGAAGCGGCCUUUCGUGGAGGAGGCCGAGCGGCUGCGGGUGCAGCACAUGCAGGACCACCCCAACUACAAGUACCGGCCGCGGCGGCGCAAGCAGGUGAAGCGCAUGAAGCGGGUGGAGGGAGGCUUCCUGCACGCUCUCGCGGAGCCUCCGGCCGGCGCGCUGGGGCCCGAGGGCGGCCGAGUGGCCAUGGACGGCCUGGCCCUGCCUUUCCCGGAGCCCGGCUUCGCCGCCGGUCCGCCGCUGCUGCCCCCGCACAUGGGCUCCCACUACCGCGACUGCCAGGGCCUGGGCGCGCCCUCGCUCGACGGCUACACCCUGCCCACCCCGGACACAUCCCCGUUGGACGGCGUGGAGCAGGACCCGGCCUUCUUCGCCGCCCCGCUGCCGGGGGACUGCCCGGCGGCCGGCGCCUACCCCUACGCGCAGGUCUCGGACUACACGGUGCCCGCCGAGCCUCCCGCCGGCCCUCUGCGAGUGGGGCCGGACCCCCCGGGCCCCGGGAUGCCGGGGAUCCUGGCGCCCCCUAGCGCCCUGCACCUGUACUACGGCGCCAUGGGCUCGCCCCCGCCGAGCGCCGGGCGAGGUUUCCACGCGCAGCCCCAGCAGCCGCUGCAGCCGCAGGCACCACCGCAGCAGCCGCAGCCGCCGCAGCAGCACCCGGCGCACGGCCCCGGGCAGCCUUCGCCCCCUCCCGAGGCGCUGCCCUGUAGGGACGGCACGGAACCCACGCAGCCCACCGAGCUCCUAGGCGAGGUGGACCGCACGGAAUUCGAACAGUAUCUGCACUUUGUGUAUAAGCCCGAGAUGGGUCUCCCCUACCAGGGACACGACUGCGGGGUGAGCCUCUCAGAGAGCCACGGGGCCAUUUCCUCCGUGGUGUCCGACGCGAGCUCGGCGGUCUACUACUGCAAUUACCCUGACAUUUGACGCCUGCCCACCCCGAUCUGCGGGCCAGAAGCAGUGUUAGACACUUCCUGGAAGCUGUUUUGUUUUUAAGUUGCCUUGGCACAUAAUUUAUGGUAAUUUAUUUUGUCUGCCGCUUGAACAGUUGAGGGGCCACAUGAGAUUUUGUUUGAAGUGCAUUGAGGGGCUUGUUCCCCGCAUCACUGUCCAGUUUCAAACAGUUUUUAAUAUCUCACCACCUUAAUUCCAUUUCUUGAAAGUGUACUGAUCCAAAGAAAUUUUGUCAUGUUUAUUUUUUUUUUUUCAAUCUUAAAUAAAGUCUGGAAUCUUUUUAAAAUCAAUCUCUAUCACAUUGGUAUUAUCAAAGAUCAACAGUGAAUAUUAUACAAUUAGAAGUUAUAGUUAAUUGUAAAAUUUUCAUUUUCCUACAAUGGUAAACCUAAAUACAUGCAAGAAACCCUUACUAUAAACGGGUGUUCAGAUGUGAUUAUAAUUGUUCAACUACAAAAAAAUGCUCACAGAAAUGAACUUGCUAUGUACAUUCUAAAUGAUAUCGGUUUCAAAGAAUAAUGUUGUGAAUGUUUAAUUCUGUACACUUUAAUGAAAGGUUAUCCAAAAAUUCUGGUUUUUCAAUCUUGAGACCUGCCGAAAAAGGGUUUUCAGGUGUUUUUUUGCUUGUCUUUUCUCCCAACUUGAUCCCUCAUUCCACAAAAUUUGCCUUUAAUCCCCACACUAGAGUCACAGGAGCUAAUCAAAAUAAAAUUUUUGUUGUGACUAUUAGUGAACUUUAGUAUAUAAUUUCAGCAGUGUAUUUUCGCUAUGGCUGGCAAAUGUGGAUGGUUGCAUUCCGACAUUUUGCAGCUUUCAGAAGUUGUGUGUGCUGUGCUUUACACUGAAGAAACAAACCAGCCUAGCCCAUCGCCUUCACACCCUAUUGUGGAGAAACAGGUACAAGGCUUUUGGCCAUUAGCCCUGCAUAUCAGCCCUGCUGAUUGCUGCCACACGGACUGAGACCAUGGGGUUGGGGGUGGGGGGGAUGGCUCGUAGUGGGCAUUUCCCGUGCCAGGUGUUUCCUCGGUAUCAUCCUGCACAGCUUGUGCCUGAGCAAGCCUCCCAGUUGGGCACCAUACUCUCAUUUUCCAAGUGAUAAUGAUUUAAAAAAAGGGGGGCAACAUUUCUGCCAUGGUUUACAAAGUUUUGGUGAAGUCUUUCUCCCCUCCACCCUACCUACUGAGGACAAACGUUAGCUCCUAAUGUAUGUGUAGAGUUCCCGUGUGUAGGGGGCAUAGGUGGGCACGGGGAUUCACAUUCUGGGAAGCAUGUAAAGUAUGUUUGUGGUGCACAUCCCUAAGUUGAUGGAUUCCACUGGAUUCGCUUGGAAAUGGCAUUGUACGUUUUAAAAUUUUAUAUAUUUUUCAUUGUACAUUUUAAAGGGGGAUUCCCGUUUACUAGGCAUGGAAGGGUAGAAAAUUUCAGUGACGAAACGUUGAGCCUAUUUUGUUGGACAAGGUAGAAGUGACUGUAGUCACUUUUAAAUGAUUAUAACAAUUAAACAUUUAGAAAU